GAACUCAAAACUGUACAAAUAAAGACAAUCCUUGGACCCUAAACUUGUACUUGCUUGCUGAUUCCUGAAAGCGUUGUGUUGCAGAAUGGCUCUCGCGUCUCGCACGAUGCAGUCUAGUCGCGUUGCUGGUCCCAGCCGCCCGGCAGCUGUACCCCGUUGCGUUGCUGUUCGCCCGGUGCGCAAGCUGGCCAUCGUGCGUGCCGACGCCGCCCCGGAGACUCCCAAGGCACUUGGCACUGAGAAGACUGGCCCCAACUUCAAGGCCUUGCGUGACAUUAACCAGAUCAUGCAAACCCUGCCUCACCGGUACCCCUUCCUGCUGGUUGACCGCGUGGUUGAGUGGGAGAAGGAGAAGUACGCUGUGGGCUACAAGUGUGUCACCAUUAACGACAACUUCUUCCCAGGCCACUUCCCCGAGCGCCCUAUCAUGCCUGGCGUGCUUCAAGUAGAGGCUAUGGCCCAGCUGGCGGGCCUGGUGAUGCUCGACCCUGAGGACACCGCCGCUAAGGGGCUGUUCUUCUUCGGCGGCAUUGAGGGCUGCCGCUUCCGCAAGCCCGUGGUGCCCGGCGAUGUGCUGAUGAUGCGUGCUGAGGUAACCAAGUACAACAAGCGCUUUGGCAUCGUCAAGGUGGCGGCCACCGGCUAUGUGGGCGCGGACCUGGUGGUCGAGGCGGAGCUCACCCUGGCCAUGGGCAAGCCAUAAGCUGGCAACGUGUCAGCUUAUUGCGCGGAGUUAUGAGUGGGCAUGGGGUUGGUGACAGCGUGGACUCCCAGGUGGUGGUUGGAGAGUGUCGUGGCAAUGCAGCGAGGUUGGCUCUCGGCUAUUCGCAUGCCUCUGACCCACAUGAGACAUGACACGUCGCUGCACGGUGGUGACAACGAAUGCGCCGCGAAUGAGGCUGGUGGGACUAGAGCUAGCACGGCGCUUUUGAAGAAGAUGCAGGGCGCAGGGCCCCCCGUGACCAGUUGGAAGGGCGACGCACAGCGGCGGAGAUUGGUGCAGCGGUUGGCCCGCUGCCUAUAGAUGCGUGUGUCGUGAGGUUACAGCUUCUUUCCAUUUGCCUCUCCUACUGUGUUCAUUUGUUUGCGGGAGCCGCUGAUGGCGAACAAUGGAGCAUUGCUCUAAGCAAGAAGUGGGCUAGUGCAAGAUGAGUUUGAAUUGUGGCUGCCCUGCGCAUGCAGGGCAAUGUGCUGUGGGUCCUGGCGUACUGUGUGUUGCAGCAGGCGGGGCAGAACCAGUGUUAUGUGUAACUCGUGAAGACAGAGUGGUAUGUACACGGUAGACAGUUUAUCUCUGUUAACCCAGGGCUUGUAUCUUCCAGGGGUAGGCCGCCGCCACCGGCGAGAAGGGCCCUGGCCACGUUCUCGCCCACGGCACCCAGGGGCCCAACAAUGCCUCGUAACAACAGUAUUGAGA